UAUUAUAUUUCUUGCAAUUAAGGUCCUCGAACUUUAUCCGUCUAUCUAUAUGCUUCAUCAUAUAUUAUUAUCAAUAUCAUUUGUCAGUAGGGUACAAGUGCCAAUAAUGGUCAUAUUUAUUUCCUAAGCUUAAUCUGGUUAGGUACAUGUUUGAAAAUGUAAUUUUUGCUAAUUUUAUUUUUUUAAAGGUACGGAAGAUAGCAUUUCGCACCCGAGGUCGCUCAGCUCAGUCGCUCGAUGCUGGCGCAUCGCGAGACCCUGCCACGGGCGGCGAACGGCUGUUCCUCCAAAUACGGCCAGCACUUGCGGACCAUCGGGCGCCUAUACAUCGUUCUAAUACUUUGCUUACAGGCGGUGAUGGCAUCAGCAAGGAAGACAGCAAGGAGGAUUCGAUUGAUCUGCAAGCGGUUGGAGAAGGAAAAGUUCAGCUCUCACGGACGCCACAGGAAAAAGAUAGACUGCCUGAUAGGAUAACGCUCGAUAGACGAGGCUUGUCUUCUAUCCCACACAUAGUUGGCGAGCCAGGGUUAAGGCUUCUGUCUCUGCAGCACAACCUCAUCAAUAGCUUAUCGGGUUUAGCCCCUUUAGAUUUAGGGAAACUGGUGUUCCUCGACGUGUAUGAUAAUCAGAUAGACAAGAUUACUUCCUUAGAAAGACUAUUUAGUUUAAGGGUUUUGCUCAUGGGGAAAAACAGGAUAAAAAGGAUAGAAGGGCUAGUUAAUCUAGUAAAAUUGGAAGUAUUAGAUUUACACGGAAAUAGAAUAAGUAGAGUAAAUGGGCUAUCGAACUUGUCCGAGCUUAAGGUGCUCAAUCUGGCCGGGAACCAAAUAAAAUGUAUUGGACAGACUGAUCUUCAGGGUUUAAUCUCUCUUCGAGAGCUCAAUUUAAAAAGGAAUCGACUGAGAAAACUUUUAGGAUUUCACAACAUGCCACAACUGCAAAAGCUUUAUCUCGGGAACAAUGAUUUACAAAGGUAUGUGCCAAAAGUAUUUUUAUAUGAUGUGAUGAUAUUUUUUACCUGCAGUUCUUGCAUUAAUAACGUUAUUUAUUUCAGUGUUGAAGAUGUUUCAACAUUAGCAGAAAGUACGACUCUCAUUGAAGUGUCUUUAGAUGGCAAUCCAGUAGCUCUAGGAGGCGAUUGCACACCCUUCCUCGUUUCUUAUCUUCCGAAUCUUUUAACUUUAACUAACAUGCAUGUUACUGAACAGGUACGGAGAGCAGCAAUGGCUUGGAGAACCAAUAAAGAAGCUGCUCAUGCCGCAUACUGCGCUCUCGGUGGCUCAGCCCAACAGGCCGCGAGGCGUGAUCAAAUUAUCAACAACGCACGAACCAACUGGGAGUUGCUCAGGUCUGAAAAUAAAUGCUUUAACAAUGUUACUAGUCCGACAAAAAAUUUGGAUUUAGAAAAAGAAUUUGCGCUAGAAGCAUCAGCAGCGAUAGUUCCACAAAACGAAAGUACACGAACCGUUAAUAUGGCGGCGUUACCGGAUGUUGUAGUGCUGCUGCAAGGAGAAAACGAGGACUCCGAUUCUAAGAAUACUAAUGAAGCAGAUACGAAGCCAACUAUCGAUCCACCAAAAUCACAAUCGCCUAUGCGCAAGCUACAAAGAAGUUCAACCGCAAGGAAAGCUCCUGAAAAACGUGUUAAUUUCUCAGAUAGAAGUGCCUCACAAGACACCGAUGCGUCUCAUUCAACCUCAACUAGUAGUGAUUUGAGGCUCCCACCAAUUCUCUUACCCAUCAUAUCCUCUUUAGAAAACGUAAGGCUUGCCGAUGGGACAGAGCCAGUUCUGAAAAGAUGGGAAAGUAUAUCUAGUGUAGAUCCCGUCAUGGAUUCUUCGUUCAGCUCACUACCUACGUCGUCUACGGACAGUGAUGACGAUAGUAAUAAAAGGCAAAUGAAAAGAAUUCCCACAGCGGUUCGACGGAGAGCAAAUUUUGGUACCAUGCGAUCUAAAUCUGUGUGUGAUCCUGAAAGUCGGAGAAUCAAAGCCAAUAAUACGGACAUGUCUGAAAAUGCUAGUAACAUUUCGUGUAGUACCAAUGUCGGUUCAAUUCAGUCUUCGACGUCAGGAAGUGAUCAGAAUAGUAGAAUAUUAAGGCGGGAGGGAUCUGUAAAUAGCAGGCUAAGUAAUAGAACAGUUAGAAGUGCCACGAUAGCAAGGAGAAAUGAACGAGCGUCAUCUGCUUCGGGCAACCGCGCAUCAACUGCUAGGGUAAAAUCGGGAAAGAGUUUGGCUAAUUUGAAAUCUUCUGAACCAGUACCGAAGCCGAUGCCAGCAUCGAAAGAUAGGGAACAAGGAGUGGAUUAUCUAGUAGAAGUAGGUGACGGAGUAGUGAGCGCGUGGGGUGCUGGUGCAGUGCGUCGGCUGGCGAGGGAUUGGGAUUGGGAGCGAGCGAGGACGGUGACUCGUGCCGCCUUCCAUUACGUACACUUCAACGCCGUGGCACAGUCUCUCCCAGAAUUAAAAACCAAGUUUCCAAAUGUGACACACGUUUCAGUUCGGGCGACAGGACUGCAGUGGCUUGGCCAGCUACACGCCUUAGCCGAGCUCCGGGGCCUCACCGGGCUGACGGUGAUGCCAGAAGGCAACCCCAUUCAUGUGAAGAUCUGGCGAGAGUACGUCAUUUAUAGACUUGGCCAUUGGGGACUGAAGGAAAUCAACGAUGAACCGGUGACAGAAGAAGAAAUAAAGGAAGCUAACAUCACAUACAACGGUCUCAGUGACUUAGUGUUGAGAGCGCUGCCUGAUGCCCCUCUUCAGCCACUGCUGGCGCGUUUGGGAAGAAGUGGAAACAGCAGCGUCAGUGCCAAGGCGUGGCUGAGGGCCGCGGAUCCAGCUUUGAGGGAUGUCAUUGCAAAAGAGGCGCUGCAAUUUAAGAAAGGACAUGUCUCACAGGAGGACAUGAGUUGGCGAGUCCGCGGACGUGGUCAGCUGACGCACGCCAUAGAACUGGCUUGCGGUGCGGCGCAGCGACUGCGGGCUUUAGAGAUGCAGUGGCCAGUAAUCCUCGUAGAGAUGAUCGAGGACGCACUCACUGAUUUCUCUAAUAUGGAGACACAUGUCAAAGAACAGAUGCGUUUGAUUAUGGAAACAUUGUAAAGACUAAAAGCAUUUUGGAACUACGCUGUGAGGCUGGAGUGAUACGAGAUUUUUUUUAGACUGAAUGUAAAGUGGAAAAAUCAACACUUUUCGUAGUACUCGAGCCUACAAUAUUUUGAAAUACCAGUCCAAUCGCUGUGACCAAGUGAGCCACUGAGGCUAAAAAACAGAUCAUAAUGUCGUAUUGUUGUAUUGGAGCCAUUGGAGGAGGAAAAAGUAUCGCUCGGAGAUGUUUUUGCGUGAGUCAGAUUUGAUCGAAUUGAAGUACAAACGCUCUCGACUAUUUCCUCCCUGGUUUUUGAAGAUAGAGCAAUUAUUUUUUCAACACAGAUUGUUAUUAUUUUUAUCUGUGUCGGACCGUUUUGAUUUUUUUGAUAUUCU